AACGUUUAUCAAUUCGAAAUAGAAUUAAAUCAGCCAUUUAUACAAAUGAAAAUCGACGAUUUUAGAGCUAAAUCUGGAUCUACUUUUAAAAGUAAUAAAAGUGGAUUAAAAUAUCUGUCCUCUAAAUAUCUUUUAGAUUCAAGUUUUUCUCAACGCCCAAUAUCUUUGGGCAAUGGUAACGAUAAACGUGAACAUUCUAAUAUUGAAAGUGAUCCAACCUCAACUGAUGUUAAUGAAAUAGCAACAAAUGAUAGAGCCAGCUCGGUUGUACUAGAAAUGGAUGAAUUGAAUCAACAUCCUUGUAUGAGAAUGUUAAUCAAAGUUAUUAGCCAUCUGCAUACAACAAUAUGCCCACCUGUUGAUCCUGUUGAUUCGAUGCCAAAAUGGAUGAAGAAUAUGCAUGAAAAAUUUUCAAACAAAUGUACAAAAUUUUGA